AUGUCCUCAUUCUCCUCGACAGCCAGACUCAAAACCCUCUUGAUCCUCGACCUUCGAUGCCACGCACACACCACACCAUUGAGACCCCUCCACGCCAAUCCCGCCCUCAAGCCCACACGCGCGUUCAUCAUCCCGAGCUCACGCAGCCGCCAUUGGCGGUGCACACUUCCCAGCUAUCUCACAGCCGCUCCCUCAACCGCCAACACCUUUGCCCCCUCAAUGUCAUGCACCACCGCCACCCAGUUCCCUCCGACCUGGUCCUGCUCCCCCGCCUUCGUCCCACACGACCCCGACGUCGCACCCCCUGCCGGCCACGAGCACGAGCAGGAGCGCGUGAAGUGCUGCUGGACAACCUUCCACCUCAAGUGUGUCCGCUUGUGGGCCGCAAAGAGCAUCAAGGACAUCGAGGAUGCCUGGUGCAGGCGUGGCGAGAGCGGCAGGAAGGACGACUGGUGCUGCCAUGGGACCCAGUUCAAGCGCAAGUUCGUCCCACAUUGCUACCGGUGCUUCUGCGGCUCCACCCAGGACCCAAAGCCCCCGUGCCUCUCGAUGCCCCACUCGUGCGCGAGCCCCUGCUCGCGCUCGCGCGUGUGCGGGCACCCCUGCGCGCUCGCGUGCCACCCGGGCCUGUGCCCACCCUGUCAGGUGACGACGCAGCGCCCAUGCUGCUGCGGCAAGCAGACAGUCUCCCUCUGGCGCUCCCACACAUCUCCCGCCCCUGCGCACCUGUCCUCGACCGCCGACGCCACGCACACGGACCUCUCCUGCGGCUGCACUUGUGAAAAGCGGCUCGCAUGUGGGAACCACGUCUGUGCAGAGCCGUGCCAUCCCGGCGUGUGUCUGCCGUGUGCGGUGACCAAGGCGGCGCGGUGCUGGUGCGGGAAAGUGGAGAAGCGGCUUGCGUGCGGGGAGGGAGAGAAGGAGGCAUGCGCUGUGUGCACCCAGCCCUGCCACCCGCCCUCCCGCACCCCUCCACCCUACCCACUCUCCCCAGCCUUCACAACCCACUGCCCCUGUGGCAAACACCCCCUCUACCCCCACACCUGCCCCUCCUCCCUGAUCAGACAUCGCCCCCACCAUUUGCGUCCCCGCUCACUCCACUCGCCUCGCUCAACACGUCCCUGGCAUCCACGCACGCUCCCGUCCCCGUCACCCCUCCCUGCUGCCGCUCCCGCCGCCUCUGCUGCCUCACACGCCGUAUCUUCGCCUAUGUCGACGGCGAUCCGCAAGCUGCAGCGGCGGCUGGAGAGCCAGCGCAUGAGCCACAAGGUGGCAGUGCAGGCGUACACAAAGGAGCGCGACACCUUGAAGAGCAUGCUUGUGCGCACUGGGGGCGGCGCCAGUGCAGAACCAUAUGUCAACGGAACUGGGAGCUGGACUGGGAGCGGGGGCGUGAAUGGCGCAGCAGAGAGCGUCGCGUCGGAGCUGCAGGAGGUCGUACCAGAGUCGGAGCUGGUGGAGAUCUAG